CGUUGUCUUGCUCGGAAGUCGGAAUGAAGUGCCGAGUGGCAACGACGCCCUAGACAGCUUUAUUUUUUUAUAUGGGUAGCUAAACUUGCUUUAUGAAAGAAGUAUCUCUCGAGUUUGAUACUAGAUGGUAGCUCUGAGCCAAUAUGCAAGAACAGGCAAUUCUUAGGAUGAGUGUCGUCAAAGUGGAACAAGGAAUGUUGAAAGGAGCCGUUUGUAACGCGGACGCCGAGACUUAUUACGCGUAUAAAGGCAUUCCGUAUGCAAAGCCACCUAUCGGCGAAUUAAGAUUCAAGGCACCAGAGCCACCUGAACCAUGGGACGGCAUUCGUGACGCAUUAGAGCAUGGACCAGUUUGUCCACAGUACAAUGAACGUCUUGAAAAAAUUGAUACGGGCAGUGAAGAUUGCCUUUUCCUCAAUGUAUAUACAAAAAUGCUUCAGCCCGAAAAAAAGCUUCCAGUUAUGGUUUGGAUACACGGGGGAGCCUUCUAUACCGGCUCUGGUAACUCCGAUUAUUAUGGCCCGGAAUUUUUCAUGCAGCACGAUGUUGUUUUAGUUACAUUCAAUUAUAGAUUAGAAGUAUUUGGCUUUUUGUGCCUUGAUAACGAAGAAGUACCUGGUAACGCGGGAUUGAAAGAUCAAGUCGCAGCUUUAAGGUGGGUGAAAAAAAAUAUAAGCUCGUUCGGGGGGGAUCCUGAAAAUAUAACAAUAUUUGGAUGUAGCGCUGGAGCUUCAUCUACAUCGUACCACAUGAUUUCUGACAUGAGCCAGGGUCUCUUUAAUAAAGCUAUCUGUCAAAGCGGAGUAUGUCUUAAUGAUUGGAGCUAUAAUAUUUAUGCUAGACAAAGAGCAGUCCAACUGGGUAAGUUACUUGGAAAAGAUACUGAAGAUAUUAACGAGCUUUUGAAAUUUCUUAGAGGUGUUCCAUCAGAGUCUUUAAUAAAUGUUAAAUUACCUACCGUUGUCACGGAAUGUCCAGAUAUAUCAGACGUUAUGACCUUUUCACCUGUUAUUGAGAACCCAAAUUUAAAGGUAGAAAAAUUUUUAAGCGAUGCUCCGAUAAAUUUAGUAAAAAAAGGAAAAAUAGCUAAAAUACCAUUAAUGUUGGGAUACACAUCAGGAGAAGGUAUAGAGAUAUGUCGAAGUUUCAUUAACUCUCUAUCAUUUUUUUCAAAGACAGGAAUAUUAUUACCUAGAGAACUAAAAUUAAAUACUUCGCUUGAUAUUAUAAAGCAAAUGGAUGAAAAAGUGCGAGAGCAGUACUUUGGAAACAAACCUAUAUCAUUAAAAAUCCUUCAAAAUUUAGUUUAUUUACACACAGACAGUGUAUUCUCGUAUAAUAUUAGAAGAUUUGCUCGCUACCAUUUUAUAAAUUCUUUAAAGCCAGUAUACUUUUACAAAUUCAAGACAGAAACUGAAAGGAAUCAUACAAAGAAACGCUAUAAAAUGGACCAAGUUGCCGGCGUCUGUCAUGCAGAUGAUCUGCCUUACCUAUUCAAUAUAAAGUGCUUGAAUAUUCCUUUAACUGAAGAUUCAAAGUUUGCUAUAGAACAAGUUGUAAAACUGUGGGUUAAUUUUGCAUCAUGCGGAAAUCCCACUGCAAACUUCAGCUAUAUAGAAUGGAAACCGUUCACAGAAGAAGGCAAAUAUUGCUUUGUUAUCGACAAGACACUCAAGUGUGAUUUGAACGUCGAUGAAGAUAACAUGAGGCUAUGGGAUGAACUUUAUGGUGAAAAGUUAAUAAAAAUAGUAAAGUAGUAAAUGUAAUAUUGAUGCUGUUUAGGCGCUACGGAAGAUACAGGUGAACUUAAAGUUACUAUUAGAACCAGAAAAUACGGGUGGUAAGAAUAUAUUUACAAGAUUAUAGGCUCUUAGUUUUAACCAGGUAGUAGUGACGUCCGUGG